UUACGACCACCGUUGCCACCGUCCAGUGAACGUUGGACGCUCGACGACACCUUGUUUCUUACCAUUGCACUCUUGGUUUCGGUUUUUCUCGACGGGACGGCAAGAAAUAGUCAUAGCAAGGCAGGACCGACGCGGACGAUAGGACACGAUGGCUAGCAAGCAGCUUGGAAAGUUGCGCCAGCUCAUGGGGGAGGUGAUCAUGACGCGGGACAAGACGAUCCAGUCGGACGAGUUCCGAGAGCUGGAGCACGACGUCGAGCUCAGGAGGCAGGGCCUCUGGCGACUCGACGUCGCGUCCGACGAAUACCGGCACUACCUCCUGAAGAAGAAGGUAUCCGAGGUGACGGGCACCGACGACAAGGUGCUCGCGCUCGACGCGCUCGGGGUCGUCAUGAUCAAACACGGGGAGGAGUUCGGCGACGAGUCGGCGUACGGGCAGUCGCUCGUGAGCCUCGGCCGUGCGCACUGCAACGUCGCGACGCUCCAGGAGAGCUACGCGAUGACGCUCGAGGAGACGUACCUGACGGCGGUGCGGCAGAGCGAGGACGAGAUCAAAGAGUACCAGACGCAGAGGAAGAAGCUCGAGAGCCGGCGGAUCAGUUACGAUGCGGCAGCUGCUAGGCUCGAGAAGCUGAAGCACGCUAAGAAAGUCCCAGAGAAGGAUCGCGAGGAGGCCGAAGAAGAGUUGGAGACCGCUAAGGCUCGCUACGAGGAAACGCUGGAAGAUGUGCGCACACGCAUGUACUCGAUUCAGGAGAACGAGGUGAUCCAACUACGCGAGCUCACCAACUUCCUGGACCUCGAGAUCAAUUUCGUCCAUUCUUAUCUAGACGAGCUGCAGAAGGUCAGGUCGGCAUGGGUCGACGAGGAUACGUUGAAGAAGCUAGGUGCUUCUAAGGCUCGACCGUCGCCUCGUCCUACACCUGCGUCGCGCUCGGGGUCGAUACGCUCGGCGAAGUCGAUCAAGAAGCAGGCGGAGGAGGAGGCCGCCCAGUCCAGCGCGGACGAGCAGCGGCCGACCAUGUCCCGGAAGAAGUCGCUCUCACGCAAGAAGUCCGAUGUCGCAGAGAGCAAGCCGCCGUCGCGCGCCCCAUCUCGCGCGUCGCGGAAGCGAUCCGACAGCACAGCAACAGCCGCUAGCGAGAAAGAGGACAAGGAGAAGGAGAAACCGAAACCUGAGAAGAGCUCGCACAGGCUGAGCGUCGCGGGCUGGAGCGUCAGCUCGAUGAUCGGGCGGGGAGGGAAGAAAGACAAAGAGAAGGAGAAGAACAACAAGGAGAAGUUCGCGGAGCUCGACAGCGACCUGAGCGAGACGGACGAGUUUGGGGUAACGAAGCCCCCGCAUAAGCGCCGCUCGUCCGUUCCCGGGCUGCCUUCGACGUCCCCGAAGCUUCCUGCGCGUUUGCUGAAGUCGUUCUCGAACGGUGGGGAGAAGGAGAAGGAUAGUGGGAAGGAUAAGGAGAACUACAAGCGCGUCGUUGCGCUGCAUGACUUCGCUGCGGGCUCGACAGACGAGCUGAGCUUUAAGGCUGGGGACCAGAUCGAAGUCAUCAGCGAGGUCCUCGACGGCUGGUGGAUGGGCGAGCUCGAGGGCAGGCGCGGGCUGUUCCCAACGACGUACACCGAGAUCAUCAACUCUUCGCAGACGUCUCUUCCUCCCCCAUUGCCUCACCGACCAUCUGCUUCUGUCACUCGCGCCCUCGGACUGUCGAAUGGCGCAAAGAAAUCUACAUCAUCAUACUCUUCACUCGAGGACGGGCAUCCGUUCGGCGACCACCAAGCGCGGAACGGCAAAUCGAGUAAGGUCUACGAAGACAGCAUCCAGAGCAGCAACUUCAGCGACGAUGACGAGUCCUCGAGUCUCAUGCACGUUCAGCGCAUCGAUGAUGCCCUCUCGUCCAAAUACGUCACUGGCCUCCCCGCCCCCACCUCGCCCGCCGUGCCAGUCCCGACCUCUCUCCCUCCCCCAGUUCCCGUUCGUCGUGACACGACGUCGGGGUCCCCCGCGAAGAAAGCACCUCCGCCUCCGCCUCCGCGUAGGUCGACACUUUCGGUCAACGCGCCCACUCCGCCCCCCGUGCCAAGUCGCCCAGGGACGCUGCGCACCAAGUCAUCGACGUCGAGCUCGUACAGCUCGCUCGCGUUGACGGGAACGGCGGCUGCCGAUCCGGACGGGCUAACGUACUCGCCGUUCGACAGCCCCCGGGACGAGAGCACGCGGUUCGACUGCAGGGAGUUCAAGCAGAACCCGUUCAAGCCGCAGGGGUUCUGUAGUAACUGCUUCAAGAUGCAUUGAGCGAUGGAGUGAUCCGAGGGUCUUUCCUUACGUACUCUUCCUCUUGGGUUGGUUGUGCUCGUGUGGCUCGGUUGGGUUCAGCGCUAUCGUCGUCCGAUGUGUCUGCACCCAGGAUCACGACUAUGUUCGUCCGUCCGACUGGUCUGCUCGACUCCCGUGCUUCUUCAUGAGACGGUGACGAAACCGUUGUACUAUAUCAUGCAUCUACCCACGUCACCCUUUCCCUCUGCCACGCUUACACGUCCUUAGCCCCCUUCUGUCACGUAACACGACGGAAGCCGGAUGUGUAGAUGGCGAACGUCGCCACGAUCUGUGAAAUACUAAUGCUCAUUUCUCUUCAGCCUUCACAUUGCUCUCGAUUGUCACGCAUGUUUACCUUCGUGCAUCACUGAUUCAGCACGUACUACAAAUACAUGGACAUUCCUCUUCCG